AUGGAAAAGCAGAAUGGGGUGGCUAUGCACCAAAUUGCUGGAGUAUGUGUGAUUUCGAGGAGAGAUGCAAGCGCACAGUGGGGUCUUCAUGACGGUAGUGAACUCUUGCUUCUCAGAGAGGUCAACUUGAUGUCCUCGAGGAGACUUAUAUCAAACUGCUCCCCCAGGAACCUCUCGGGCUUGAAUUCCAAUGGAUCCUCCCAAACCUUAGGGUCCCAACCCAUAUCAGCCACCAUGAAAUUCACAACUGCAUUCUUUGGGACCAAGCAACCGGCCAACUCAACAUCUUGUGUAACCUUAUGCGGCAAAACAAAGUGGCCUGGAGGAUGCCUCCUCAGGGCCUCUAAAACCACAGCUUUAAGAUAUGGCAUUUUCUGCAGCUCAUCCUCCUCAACUACUUGCUGUGACUUUUGA